AUGGCAGCCACUUCAGACGUGCCACCGUCCACGUCAGCCGCGCCAGCGGACACGUCAGCGACGAAGAUCAAGUUCGGACGGUGGGAUUUGGACCCCAGAGAGGUGUUCGCUGAAACAAAGCUGUCCCUCGCUAUAGUCAACUUCAAGCCCGUCGUCAAGGGUCACGUGCUGGUGCUGCCUCGGCGCGUGGUGCCUCGCUACAAGGACAUGACUCCCGACGAGGUCACUGACAUGUGGCUGCUGGCGCAGAGGGUUGGGCAGGCAUUUGAAACCCACCAUGGCUGCGCGUCAUCUACGUACACCAUCCAGGAUGGGCCAGCAGCGGGACAGACAGUGGCGCAUGUGCAUGUGCAUGUCAUGCCACGGAGGGAAGGGGACUUCGUACCCAAUGAUAAGAUCUACAACGAGGUGCGUUCAUGGUGA